AUGGGCUCUGCGCCACCCCCGAUGAAAGGCGCGAAAGAUCAAUACGUUCCUCUAAGUCACUGCUCUGGUGGUGCAAUCUCCCCUGCCCUGACGGCCGAAACCUUAGGGCCUUUUCAAGACUCCAUCGCCGUCAAAGAGCUUUCUCAGAAUUUCCAAGAUGCCAUCAUGAUAUCUCGCAAAAAGGUUUACUCAAGUCAGACCAUGCGUAGACAGCAGGAAGUAAGCGUCAAUGCCACAAUCCAAAUCUCGACCAGUCAACAUAGUCCCGUGGCUACUGUCUGGCGGAAAGAUCAAAAUGAAGAGGACUUUCGAAGCCUUGUAUAUGCUGUCUCCAAGGAAUAUCCAUAUGAUCACAGCAUGUCCUUUACCCUGAAGCUUACGUACAGUUCAAGUGAUCUACCGGCCUUCUCGGGUAUACACAACAUCUGCAUCCAGUUCUUGGAGAGGACUAUCUGGCCGGUCACUGAACUUCGGACUUUCGGCGUGGCUUCUUGUGGAUUCCCGAGGGAAACUUCUGCUAUCACGAAAGAGACAACCGCCGCGCCCCUCCAUGAAAUCGUCAUCCACCCAAGAAAUCCCGAUAAUACAUACGAGAAGAUUCUCACAUACCACAACACUGGCUCCAUACGACAUGCUACCUUCGAUGAGCCGGCUGCGGCUGAGGACACGGUCAAGAUAGCGCAUUCAGAUUUCUUCAGAGUGAACGAUGGUGAUCGAGACUACGUAGCCUCGAUUGUCAUUGGAUCGGGAGACAAAUCGAACUGA